CACGCGUCCGCUGCGUCCAGCUGCCGAACACACGCACACUCGCCCAGUCCCCCCACUACCCUCCCCACACGUAUCCAUCAAACGGUCGCGCGGCGCCGCGCUGCUCGCCCCUUAUCAGCGCCGCCGACGUCUCUCCCGGUGGGCACUUCGUCGUCAUUGGUUUCAGUUUUUUUGACUCGUCAACACGAAUCUUCUCCCCGUUGACCGUUUCCGCUUCGUCGAUGCCAUAAUCUCCGGACGUUUCCCGUGCAGCCUUACGGGUGUCCUCACCGUGUGCCCACAACACUGUCGGUACUUAUAACGUUAUUACUAUAUUAUAUCAUAUCCCGACCGUCGUCCAUUUAUCGCACCGAUUAAAUAAUAUACGUACCUACCUGUAUUUACUCGCACUCCUGACCCAAUUAUCCGUGGUACCGGAAGACCCUGGACACAACGUCGUCUUCAUAACAACUUCCCUGCGUUGUACCAUCGUCAAAUUUGGCUAGGGCAAAGUGUAGACGAAUUGCGCAAAGACGUCAGGGCACGGACAACCUUUGGCGUGGGUAGGUCCCGUCGAUAAUAUUUAUGGGAAUGCGCACUGGACACAGCCGAGUUACAUGGACGAACAUUCGGGCAGCGUCAAAGGCACAAGUGGUGGCGGCACAGACGACGCCACCACUAACGGCGACAAGACCAAAAGUAUACCGCCACCGCCGCCUUUACACCAUUUCCAACAGCAACAGCACCAUCAACAACAACAUCAUAUGCAGCAACAACAGCUAAACAUGCAUCAGCAACAGCUGCAGCAUCAACAACGGCACCCGCAACAGCCGCAACAACUCCAUCAUCAACAUCAGCAGCAGCAGCAGCAGCAACAAUUACAGCACCAGCAACAACUACAACAUCAGCAACAACUACAGCAACAGCAGUAUAAUCAACAGCAACAGCAAAGACAUAAUCAGUUACGCCACCAUCAAAUGCAGCAGCAGCAACAACAACAACAACAGUAUAAACACCAACAGCAAAAAUAUCAACAAUAUCGGAACAACCAUCAUCAGCAUCCGGCCGUAAUAGCUAACAGUGCCUCGUCUGUAAACCCUGCUGCCGCCGUGGCCAUCACUUCCGCGGCUACCGCAACCGCUGUCAACUCAGCGCCGUUUCAGUCACAGCUUCAGCAGCCCUUGUCCAACAACGCGGUGCACGCCACCAUGGCCGCGCCUUACGCCGAGGCCGCCGCCGAACGGUCUGACUCGGGUCUCAGUUCGUCGCGCACCAUCAACUCUGGUGACGAACGGUCUGGGUCCCAUUCGAGCGCGUUCAGCGGCUCCGACGACCACGCGGCCGUCGCAUCGCCGACCAACGAACCACAUCAGACGCCAACGUUCAACAAUAUACCCGUCUGGAGGGACCCUCACAUGUUGCAGUCACCGAGCGGUCCCAUAAGACACGUGGACAGCGUUCAGCACCAGAGUCUUUUCAUGUCGAACACGGCGCAAAUGCCGCAGAUGAUGUUGCCCUAUCAGCCUUUUCACCCACCGUCUGUGGGUCCAUCACCAGCGAUACCGACACAAAUUCCAGCACCAUCCACGAUGCAGUCGACCAUGGGCGCAACCGGAAUGCUGUGGAAGCCGCCUACCCCUACUGUGGGAAAUGGCAACAAUAAUUCUACGGUGGCCAACAGCUAUUACCACCAUCAUCGCACCAACGAACAGCAGAAACUAAAUAACAGAGGAAAUGCGGAAAAGGACGUUUACAAAGAAAUGAAAAGAGCCAAACAGCCACCGUACGUGCAAGGCCCUUCCGGGGGUGGCAAAACCAGGAGUGGAGGUGUGCUCAUCGAGAACGGUUCAAAUAACGAGUACGGGCAGGUGGAAAUCGAACGGCUGGUAAACCGUCACCAGAGAGGCAAUCGCGAACAUACCGAAAAGCAACAAGCUGAAGCAGCUGUCCAUCAGCAUUUCGAGGAGAGCCUGAAACUUGCUCAGCAACAAAGGAGAACCAAUUGGAUAUCAAAUUUGCCUUCCCCACCGAAAAAUGUGUACCCAAGUCAAGGAACUAAGACUCAAGAUACAUCUAAGCAAAUGCAUCCAUCUCUCAGUGGGGCAAAUCAAACCGCCAAUCAUCGAGGAGUCGACGAUUGGAAAGAAAAGAAAAAUAAAUAUGCACCUCCCAGAUCAACACCGGUUGAUUCAUCGUCUUCUAGACCUUCAACCCAACAAGCUCAUUAUAGAAAUCGGACCGUUCCUAUAUCGAAUUUUGAUCAUGAAAAUGCAUUAAUAAAUACUAACGAUGGUGGAAACUAUAAUAAUAUGAUCUCGUAUGCUCCUUACAUGAAUACAAAUCAUGUGUACGCACCUCCUUCUAACUCAUCAGUGAUAGUCAGAAAUGAGUCUUCGUACAAAAACUCAUCGAUGCCUGUGCCAGAAGCUUAUUCGUAUAAUGGUACUCCUACUAUUCUCACAGUUCCCGCUGUAAAAUUAGGUUAUAAUAAGGAAUCAAAACAAGCCAAACCAAUGCAUUACUCUAGGACAUCAUCAUCUUCGGUCAAUACUAGUCAAUCAAAAGGUCACACUUCUUCUCCGGAACCACAUCAUCCUGGGCCUCUGUUAAAUACGCAUGGUCGUUAUGCCUUAUAUCCACCUCUAACUGAUAACUCUCAAAGGGAUUUAGAUAUGCCCCCGCCCGCACAUUUGAAUGCAAUUAUAUCUAGUGCCCUUCCGAAAUUUGUUCCUGUUGCGGUGCCAGUCGAUGAUCUCCAAACAGAAGCAUUAGAUCUAGUUAUGAUAUGUAAUAAAGCUACACCUGAAACUGAUGUUCCUUUAUAUUUAAAUUCUAACUAUAAACAUACCAAACCAGAUCCUCAAGAUACCAGGAACACACAUGACGUAAAUGUUUAUGUUAAAUCAAAAAAACAUAAUUAUUUAGAAAUGUUGCCCAAUAACGAAAAUAUGAGCUCCCCACUGAUCACAUUAAGCAAUUCGACUACCACUUCGGCGAUCAUAACGACGGCACUCUCGUCGUCCAAUUCGAUAAUGGUGCCGUCUACUAGUUUAGCAAGUAAUUCAUCAAGCAAAAUAAUAACUAAUUUGAUGGCUGUCCCAACUUCUAUUCCAGCUACUAUCUCAUUGAUUGAUCCAAAUACUAUCCCAACUUCUAUUUCAUCUACUAUUUUGACGAAUAAUUUGACAAUUAUUCCAACUUCCAUUUCAAAAACGCCGUUUGCAACAUCAACGGAGAUUCCAAUAGUUACUCCUGCAUCAAUCCCAGAAAUAAUUUCGACAACCGCAUCAUCAACUAAUGUUACAACAGAAGGUUUGGUAACAACCUCUUCAAAUGUUCCAGUGACCAACUCGACUUCUUAUGAUUCUUCUCCAUCUACACCUCCCCCGGUGCUAAUGCCUGCGACUUAUACAGAAAUGUCUAGUGGAAUAAAAACUCACCAUCACAAGUUAAAGAAAGCAUGGUUACAACGUCAUGUAUGGGCUGAGGACUUGAAAGAAGCAGGCGUUAAUAUCGACCAAAAUGCAUCACAUUCUUUCUCCCAAAUGGAUGAUACUCCUCCAGUUUUACAGUGUGAAAUUACCAAAAAAAGAAAAAGUUCCAAAAGUUCAUUAGACGAUAAUAUUGAGGAAACAUCACCUCAAGAAAUGUUGCCAUGUAGUUCGCACUCAGAGCCAUCGACAUCAUCAGGUAGUGGGACCAAAAAGUAUAAAAAAAGAAAGGUUUCUAAUCCCACGAUACCUCCGGAAAAUAAAAGCACAACAGAUAAUUCUAAGGCUUUAGAAAUAGAAAAGAAAGUUCUGCCCAUUAAGAUUCCUAAAAAAAGAGGAAGAAAACCCAAAGUUGUUGUAAGUAUACCUUUGAAAAAAGGAAAAAAUAAUGAUGGUGAAGUGCGGUUUUUUCAAUCGGGCCCAUGUUUAAAUGCUGGGCCAAAGAUACAUAAAUGUCGGGAAUGUCGUAUAUUCUUAAACAAUAAGAAAAAUGAUAAAAUGACUCAAGAUGAAAUUGAUAACAUAUUUUGUCGGUUCUACGCGUUUCGUCGGUUGUUCACAAACAAAUCUGGACAACUAAUGAAUGCAGGAUUUCCUGAUCCUUUCUUGGAUAUUACUGAAGAGGAUGCAAAUCUUUGGUUACCUAACCCGAAAUGUCCACCAAGUUCAUUAAAUGUUGAAGUUGCAAAAAAAGUAUUAAUUGAGGCUGGUCGUCAAUUUUGCUAUUUAGUGAAAGAAGAAAAUAAAGCUCUUACACUGUCACCAUAUUUCCAAGGCAAACCUAUUGCAUGGAAAAAAGCAGCUAACGGCGUGAGGGAAAUGUGUGAUGUUUGUCUUACAACUAUUUUUAACUACCACUGGGCUUGCGCAAAAUGUGGUUUUGGAGUUUGCAUCGAUUGUGUAAAGGCACGUCUAAACGGCUGGUCAGAGUUGCCAAACGCCGCGACCAUGACUAAAAAGGACCUGCGAGAGAAGGACAAAUUCACGUGGAUGACUUGUAACAGCAAACAUAAUCACGACGUUGAGCGGCUCAUGCUUACACAAAUCGUAGCCAGUGACUCGAUGGACGUUGUAUUCUCUGAUUUACACAAAAUCAGUACUUUAUGGAACCUUCCAAUUGAAUGUGGUUGUCCAGGACAUCCUUUCCCUGAAGUACAGGGCGAUGCCAGUACUGAUGAUGACGAUGACGAUGUACCUUUAAUAUCACGAGCAAGCACUUCAAAUACUGAUAACUUUCAAAACAGUUCUGCUGAAAAUUCUGAAAUUAGUUCUACUGAGAACUCAAAAAAUGAAUCUGCUGAAGAUUCAAAUAACAUUCCAGUCGAGGAAUCGAAAAACAACGCUGCUGAAAACUUGGAGAACAUUACUGCUGAAAACUCUGAGAAAAAUUCUGCCAAGAGCUCUUCGGACAGCCUUGCAGAAGGAUCUAAGAGUAUGAKUCUUUCCCAAAAUGCUAUUAACAUCGAACCACAGAUUGCCGGGUGCUCAAAUGACAGACGAGCGAGUGUUCAAUCUAAUCCGAGGAGGAGAGAGCAUAUAUUAAAACACUUUGUCCGUAAGAAAAAUAAAUAUCUGAGAACCAUUCCACGCGAACCGCUUCCGCCACGUGUAAUGACACUAGCAGAAAGCCGAGAAUUUUUCCCGAAUAAUCCCCAUACGUGGCUAUGUGAUGGAAAACUAUUGAGGCUUUUGGAUCCCGAAGAUCCUACCAACUACGAAAUUUUUCAAGAACAAUGGAAAAGAGGUCAGCCAGUGAUGGUCAGUGACGUGGGUCAAAGGUUAAAUCCGGAACUGUGGAGUCCUAAUUCGUUUAUUCGCGACUUCGGUGAAUUUACCAACGAUUUGAUUGACUGUGCGACUGGUUUCCUAGUCGAGGGUAAGACAAUGAAACAGUUUUGGGAUGGUUUUGAGGACGAAAGCAAGCGACUUAAGGGUUUGGAUGGUAAACAAAUGUUGUUGAAACUAAAAGACUGGCCAGUUGGCACUGAUUUUGCGGAUACCUUACCGGAAAGCGUUUUCCGAUACAGAUUUGAUGAUUUAAUGAGAGUAUUGCCAUUAAAAGAAUAUACUCUGCGUGACGGAAGUCUUAAUCUGGCAGCUAGAUUACCGGCAUGUUUUGUGCGACCAGAUCUUGGACCAAAAAUGUACUCAGCUUACGGGAACAUUGGAAAUCGUGAUUCCGGCAAACAAUUUAUGAGUACAACUAAUCUACAUUUAGACGUAUCGGAUGCAGUUAAUGUAAUGGUGUAUGUGGCUAUUUCGCACAAAAGUGAGAAUCAAAACGACGAAGCUGAUCAUGAAUGGCACGUAAAGGAAGCGUAUCGGGCGAUUGACGAGGCUGGCUGUGACAUGGCAAGUAGAAGACGGGCCCGUGAGUCCAAAGAGUUGCCGGGUGCGGUGUGGCACAUUUAUCAUGCUAAGGACGCAGACUCGAUACGUGACCUGUUGAACAAAGUGAGCGCGGAACGCGGUGAACCAUUGGAACCCAACCACGACCCCAUCCACGACCAAUCAUCAUACUUGGACGCAGAUCUCAGGGCGCGGUUGUUGACUGAAUACGGUGUUCAGGGUUAUGCGGUGGUACAGUGUCUAGGUGAUGCCAUAUUUAUCCCGGCCGGAGCCCCGCACCAGGUGAGAAAUCUGCACAGCUGCAUCAAGGUAGCCGGUGACUUUGUAUCGCCUGAAAACGUGUCUCAGUGUUUUCGGCUAAUGAACGAGUUCCGAGAUUUGUCCAACAGCCACAGUAACCACGAGGAUAAGCUACAGAUCAAGAAUAUCAUGUUCCACGCGGUCAAGGACUCGAUUUCGGUAUUAUUGCACGAACAUUUGGAAGUACCGCAGGAACAACAAGAACCGGAACCGGAACCAGAAGAGGAGGUGGAGAAGUAAAUUUGUAUUGAUUAUUAUUUCUGUCAAUGGUAAUUUAUUAUUAUUUAAUUUUGACCUUAAUUAUUUUUUCUCA